AUGUUUGCUACUAAACGUCUGGGAAAAGAGCUCAUCAAGAUCCAACAAUCCCUCCCCCCCGGUAUCGACUUCGUCAGCGCCCCAGACUUCAAACAAUGGGAAAUGGACAUCCGCGUCCUAGACGCAAACCCGCUCUACUUGGAUCAGACAUACCGCCUCCGCUUCCGAUUUAGCACCAAUUACCCAAUAGAAGCCCCCGAAGUGACUUUCAUCCCCCUCUCGCAGCCCCUCCGUACCAUCCCAAUCCAUCCGCACAUCUACUCCAACGGCAUCAUCUGUCUCGACCUGCUCGGCACGCAAGGCUGGUCACCAGUCCAAAACGUGGAGUCUGUAUGCAUGAGCCUCCAGAGCAUGUUGACUGGCAAUACGAAAAAUGAGCGGCCGCCAGGCGAUGAGGAUUUUGUCAGGAGAAAUACGCAGCGGCCGAGGGACAUUCGAUUCGUCUACGAGGAUAGUACCGUUUGA